UUCAUAAAGGAUUAUCGCUGCGUGUGAGUUCAAGAGCCACUUUUGCGUCGCCCUUCCUGAUACAAUCUCUACGCUCAACCGGGGCAUCCCUUCGAUCCUGAUUCACGACGUUCGUACUCCACUGCCACUUCCUCUCCAAGUAGUGUCACUGUCGCGCUCACGUCCGACGCGGCUCAAUUAGAGGCGCCUUGCUCCGUAGAGUAUCUUGGCGUCUGCCGUCGGUAAUUGGAUUGAACGGCACUCAAGCUUGCACUAGUAGAUGGGCGGUACCACGCACAACGAAGACGAAAUGGCCAAGAAGCUCGAGAUUUACUACAAGCCGCCCACGUACUACUCAAGAGACAACUAUCCGCGCUUUGCGCACGAACUUGUCGAGCGCAUCGUCGACUUCCUUUGGGAUGAUCCCAGGGCAUUUGCGGGGUGCUGCCUCGUUUGCCACGCGUGGUACUGCGCUACACGCCCGCUCUUCCCUACGAUGGCGGUCGAUCACCGAUUUAUCCAUAAAGAGAGUUUCAUGCAAUACUCAAGACUCCUCGCCCGACCAAGAUACUUGCCCUUUUUCAAGGUUCAAAUCGCAUCGCUGAGACUUCAUGGAACGUUCGCGCACUCCUGGGUAAUGCACAUUCCCCUAGGUUUGUUACCUCAACUAUCGCUCCUCGUGCUCUGGUAUGCGGAUUGGGUGGCUAUCAACCCCCAGCACUUCCUCCGUCUCUCGAAUUGCAAAGAUUCGAUGCGAGUCCUGGAACUUCGUUUUUGCCGCUUUCACCACGCGCUCGACCUUCGCAGGAUGAUCAAUGCACUACCCAACCUCUCAGAGGUGCUUCUUGAUGAAAUAGCAUUCCAGCACCCUUCCCUUGGCGUGCACACAGUCCGCCCACUUCGAUACUCCUUAUCAAAAUUCGAGCUCAACAACGUGCGCUCGAGACGCGCACUACAAUUGUUGACAUUGCUCCAUUCGCGAACAUGCCAUCAAUUACGAGAAUUUGUUAUCUCGCUCACGGGCCGACCGUGUGCAGAACUUAUAGCACAUGUUACCAGCAUACUGCAAAUUACAGGAGCUGCACUCGAGAAGUUCUUGUGGUGGCAUCUUCAAGGUGAAGCCUUCGAAGCCGUACCGCGAUUAUCAGCGAACACGUCACUGGAGGAACUAGACCUGGCCCUGUGCCUUCCUUCGUCGCCGCAGAUCAUACAAAGGGCUCUCGAGGCCUUGCUGUCCGACAUCACCAGCCCGCAUCUGCGGCGAAUUUCGCUUUCCAUCUGGCUCAACCAAUCUAGAAUCCUCCAGGAUGCAAAUGAGGUCCCUGCCUCCCCAGCAGACACGACGAAGUCUAUUCCCACAUUCCACGCCGUGCUUUCGCGCGGCAUCUAUGACCGGCUUCCAAAAAAUGUUCGAUCCCGAUCCCGAUCGAACAUUACCAUUAACACUUCCUUGCUUUUACUCUGAGAUCGCAUCGCCGGAUCAGGUCAGAGUGAGGACGGUCGCAGGAAACGAAGACGUAAGUCGGGGGGCGUAGAUGCAGAAUGUGAGGAGGCAGAGAAAACGGCAGACGAUGGACGAGCGAGUGCAGAAUUCCUCGCGCAAUAUGUAUGCCGUCGUUUCAAUAUCUAUUCCGAAAUGCUACGCUAGAAACACGGGUC